GAGUCGGGCGGGGGGCGGGGCGGGGCAGGCGCCACCUCUUACCUGGCCAGGUGGCUCGCAUUUCCCGGGAGCGCGGCCGGCCAGGCGGGCAGGAGCUCGACAGGACAUGGCCGGGUAGAGCGAGGACCUGGCGCCCAGCGGCAGCAUGAAGAAGAGCCCGGCGGUGCAGGGCACCCUCAGCAAGCUCUUCGGGAAGAAGCACUCGAGCCCCACCUCCACGUCUCUCUAUGCCACCAAUCCGCCCUGGAUCUUCACCCAGGAGGCCCCGGACGAGGGGACCCGGGGCUUCGAUGGCAUCUGUUACGGGGAUGCUCGCUUUGACACUGUCAGCGAGUCUGGAACAGCUACGCUGAAGGCCCGGCCCCGGGUGCGGCCCCUGCUGACCUUCCUCCCGCUGAACGCCCAGGAGAACCAUGGGCUGGCUGUGCCCACCCCCUCUGUUCCUGAAGAUUUCGCAGACAAAGGUGGGACAGGUGGCAGUUCGCUAGCCAAUGGCAACCUCCGGCUCUACAGCUCUGUGGGGGACCUGAGGCCUGAGCCCUACGGCCAGGACACAUGCAUCCCCCCACCUCCUCCAGGCCCAGCCCCAGGGCCACCUCAGGACUUGCCACAGCUUGCAGGAGACUCCCUGCCACCACCACCCCCUUCCACUGCUCCCCCACCUCCCCCAUUGCUGGUGGAACCCCCAACUCCACCGCCGCCCCCCAUGGCUCCCCCGCCACCCCCCAUGGUUCCCCCACCACCCCCUGUCCAGGACACCCUGUCCCCACCAGACACCCUGUGCCCACCAGACACCCUGUCUCCACCGUCCACACCUAGCCUGCCUGACUUCAUCCCACCCGCCCCUCCUGGGGCAGCUGUAGCUCCCCCACCGCCCUCUGUGCCAGCCCCACUCCCCCCAGUCCCCUCUUCUCCUUGCACAGAGGGGAGUCAGCUCUUCCCCCCUGGGGGUGUCACCAAAUGGACAUCAGAGGUGGCUCUGAAUGGCAGGCAGCCCAAGACCCCCAAGGCCAGCCCCCCCAGGAGCCCUGCUGAGCUGAGGAGACCGGUCCCUGAGACCCACCUCACCGGGCCCCGUUCAUCUAAGGUGCCUCCCCCAACUCCGGUCCGGACCUCAUCUAUCCCAGCUCUGGAAGACCCAGGGGCUCCCCCAGAAGAAGAGGGUGCUAUCAAGAAGAUACCCAGCCGCCUCCCAGUGCCCCCCAGCUUCCACAUCCGCCCUGCAUCCCAGGUGUACCCCAACCAGGCCCCUGGGGAGCCAGACCACUCUGGGGAGCCCAUAGCUCCGUGCAGCCCAAGAUCCAGCCAGGCUAAGUCCUCCACAAAUGAACCAGCUGGGCCUCCGCCCCCCACCCCUCCCCCACCCCCUCCUCUUCCUCCCCCUGCACCUCCUCUCCCAUCUCCACUGCCUUCUGAACAGGGGGCCCCUCCAGUGGCUGGGUUGCCACAGCACCCUAAAUCCAGCUUCCCAGCUCUUAAACCCACACCCAAAUCCAAACCUAAACUCCCCACCCCACAGCCUGUGGCCUCUGCAGAGCCCAAAGACUGGCGAGACCCCGGGCAGCUGGAGCAGCUGCGGAGCCAGCUGGCAGCCUAUCUGAGCGGGCCCAAGAGGGAGGACAGAGCCCCUGGUCCCAGACCAAGCCCCACAGUGGCUUCUCAGGACAAGGAGGGCAAGAAGGCCCCUAGUCUCCUGGCGGAAGCAACCUCCCAGAGCCUGCCUGACAAGACGCCCCUCAGUGUCCCUGAGAAGGGUCCCAGUUUGCCCCUACCCCCAGUGGACUACGACUCUCAGGACACUCCCAUCCCCAGUGUCCAGCAGAUCCGGAAGGAGCUGGAGGCCCGGCUGUCAGCGUCUUCGGAAAAGGACGUCAAGCCCAGCUUGAGCUCUCUGCCUCCCAAGCCUCGUCCAGAAGGAGGACGCCGCUUGGUGAACGGGACCGAUAAUGGCAAAUUCCCCAAGCCUGUGGCCGAGGACCCAUUGUCUCUGUCUGCCACCCCUCAGUGGACCACACCAGUGCAAUCUAUGGCCACCCUGGGACCUGCUGCUGCCCCCAAGAGUGCCCCUGGGCUGGUCACAUCCACAGCCACCAUGAAGCCCACCACACCAUCCCACCUGAUAGCAGAGAAGCAGCCCAUCCCGGCUGAGCGGGGCUGGCAGCAGAAGCAGCCAGAAGUUCAGAAUGACAUAGCGUCCACCCAGCCAGGGCCAGAACAGCCUCUGCCAGGGGUCACCAGGCCGCUGGCAGCUAAGACAUCACCGGGCCGGGAAGAAGUACAGCUCUUCUAUAAGCCCCAUAGUCAUCAGAGCGGCCCCAGCUUUGAGGCUAGCACAGAGAAGCCCAUGCUGGCCAGAGAAAAAGCCGCAGGUCCAGAGGGGCCUGUGGAGCUGAGGGGCACUCAGGACCCCCCAUCCACACCCCCAGGCCCAGCCCCACCCGCUGACCAAGUACUUCGGCACCCAGUGACAGGAGAGGUGGUGGAGCGGGGGUCCCCGAUGGCCCUGCUCCUGGCAGCCAGGCAGAGGGCACAGAAGGGGCGGCCUGGAGGGGUUGCCCAGGGACGGUCCUUGCCUGGGAGCCUUCGAGGCCACAGCGGCCCUCCAGAGCCCAGGUCGGACAGCAUCUUCUACACAGACUACAAGCCCUAUUCCUUCACAGUCGUUCCCAAGUCGCCCAAGGAGGCAGAGAAGGCCACCCUGCUGCCUGGGCCAGUGCAGUCUGAGGUGUUCAGAGAGCCAAAGCCCCUAGAGAGUGCAGAGCCACCCUCACUGCCUCGGUGGACAGCAGUGCAGUCCCAUGCCCCCCGGGGCACCUGGGACAGACCUGUCCCCUCCAGCCUCCCACAGGACCCCUUGCUUCCCAGGUCCCUGUCAUCGCCACCCUCGCCUUUCUGCAGGAGGCAGGACAAGGAUGAGGAAGAGUUCACUUUUGAAGUCAUUCCUCCACCUCCUGAGUUCAGCAAUGACCCCAUUUCCUUAGCCCCCAAGGACCUGGGGUGGUCACCUGCCCUGGCCUUCCCGCGUGCCCUGGCCUUCCCGCGUGUCCCAGAGCGGGGCUCACCCACAGGCCGCUCACUCAUUAAGAAGCGGCUGUAUAUGGGUGAGCCACCUCGAGCCCUCGGGUCCAGCCGCUUCCAGGGCGCCCCGAACGGCCCUGCACCACGACGUAUCCCCUCGGCUGGACGCACACAUCCUGCUGCAAUCCACGGCCGGCGGAUGUCACUGGAGGGCACAGUGGCACGUGGCACGGGUGACACCAAAUACAGGAUGCCUGGAGACACAGCAGGGGAGCACUGCCUGGCACCCCCCAUGGGCAGGUCGAACAUCAACACGUUCACCGUGAGGCCCGGGACGCGCCAUCCCAUCUCCUACGCCUACCCCCAUGCCCACCGGAAAACCAUGUCCUGAGCCCUGUCUUUCAGCUCCUCUCUGAGGGGCUGGGCCUGGGAAUUUGUCAUUGUGGGGGUGGGAGGGUCAAAUUGGGUGUCAGACAGCCUGAUCCUGACAUGACACGGGAGAGUCUUCAUUCCCUGAAAAUAGAUAGCAUGACAAGGGAGCUGAGGGAGGCUGUUUCCCAAAGCUGGGUGUGUGUGCAGCUGGGGACCCUGCAGAUAGGGGUGGGAGGGUGAAGAGGCAGGAGGGGAGCCUCGGGCCCUGAGCUUCCACUAUUUGCUGUAAUGAUGUUCCUGAGAGCAAAUUUGCAAGCCUGGCCUACUGAGCAGGUUCUAAAACAGAGGUGCUGGGCCCUACAGGUAGGUUCUGUCUAUCUGGCCCAGCCCUUGGCUCCGUGGAGGGCCAAAUAGGGAGCCUUGGUGAGCAGGGACAGGACGCUGAGCAUGAAGCAGCGCUCGGGGUUGGGUGGUAGUCGUGAGUGCUGGGGCCCGACAACAGAAGCCUGCAUGGCGGGGUCUCAUGGGGGUUCCUGACCCAGUCCUAGCAGUCCACCAGUGUUACCUAAGGAGGUCAAAAUGCUGGCAGACCUUGGAGGGUGGAAGGUAGGCACAGAAGUCCCAGAGAAGGUCAGCUGGUAGGGCCCAGUCCAGGCAGAGGUGACCCAUCAGUGUGUCCUUUGCCCAGGUUUAUGCCUAUUUCCAGUGAAUUAGAACCACUUUGAAAGUCUAGCUUGGCAUGACAUCAGGAACAAUCACGCUUGCUCUCAGUGUCAUCUCCACAUUGGGGACAUGGGGUCAGGAGGAGGGCAGGGAAUGGCUCAUCACGGGCAAC